UUUAGUUUAUUUGCAUGCGGCGAACGUUACGGUUAAAAAUUAAGAAAGAAGAGUAAGAAAAAAUUAAAUAAACAUUUAGGAAAAUACAACUAAAAACAAUAAAAAAAACGGCCAAGAAAAAGAACGGUUGAGAUUAUUUUUAAAAUUUGCUUGAACAAAACGACAAAAGAAAACACGCACAGUUCAACAAUAAACUCGGCAUUUUCAAAGUGUGUGGCGCGCAAAAAAUAAUAAAACUCAAACUCGUAACGAAAAAAAUAAAAUAAAGAAAAUAGUUAAUUUUUAUCAAUAAAGCAACAACAACAAAAGAAAAAAAAUGGCUUGUUCAACGAAAACAUUGAAAGUUUUUGCACUCCUAUGGGAUUUUCUUUAUACAAUCCUUUCUCUAGCCGUUGUUGGUAUUGGAAUUUAUAUAUUAUUGAAAUUUGAUUUUGAUACCGCCGCUUUUGUCAUACUCGGUUUGGGUAUAAUUGUUACUUUGUGCUCUCUUUUUGGAAUAUUGGGUGCGGUACGUGAAAGUAGUCGUCUGUCAAAAUGUUUUGUAGCAUUUGUAAUUGUUUUGGCCAUACUACAUGUUUUGAUCGUUGGCUUCUUUUGGAUAUUCCAAACAUCACUACUGAUCAAUGUGGACAAAACAUUCGAUAAAUUAUGGAACAAUCAAGUCGUGCCAAUUAGACCAGGAAAUAAUACAGCACAUAUUGCUAGUUUGGAACGUUGGCUCGAGUGCUGUGGUAAUGCUGGUUCCAGUGAUUAUGUUUUAGCUCCCCAUAGUUGUUAUAAUAGUGAAACCGAUAAACUAAAUAUGGAUGGCUGCCGGCAAAAGUUCCUUGAUUAUAUUGCCGAUCGUUGGACCAUCUUUAAUAUUUUCGCACUUGUUUUGGUUGUCGUAGAGUUAAUUUGUGCGGCAUUUGCUUAUGUUUUGGCCAAUAGUAUUGUAAAUCGCUGGCGCCGUUCAAAAUACUACACAAAAUAAAUUUAAAAUCUCCUCUUUACCCUAAUCAUCGUCAACAACAUGAUCAUCAUCAAUGUCAUUUGAUGAUCAAAAUGUGUGUGUGUGUGAUCGUGUGUUUAGUUUUUUUUAGCAUUCUUGGG